AUGGAGAAGCCAUUGGCGCUGGUGGCUAAGAGCCCAGAGUUCAAGCGGGGCAUCAUGGAGGUGUGGCAGCCCAAAGGCAUUGGCAGUGAUCCCCCGAGCUUGAGUGUCAAGGAAGUGCAGAUCAAGAUCCCAGGAUGCGAUGAAAUCCUGACUUUGCCCGUCUACACCAACACCAAAGUCAUUGAGGUCAAAACGCUUCUGGAGGAUCGGCUGGGAGUCGAUGCGGAUCGGCUCCGACUGGUGUACAAGACCGGCAGCAACUACCGACAGCACCAGGACUGCGACGAGAUCGCACGGCAAGUGGUUCUUCAUGGUGUCAAGUCCUUCCGCCGGGUCAAGAAGCACUACGAGUUCCCACAUCUCAUCAUCGGUGCAGGGCACAUUGGCCUCAAGUUUGCCAUGACUUGGCUUAUGGAGGGCGUUACCAACUUCUUGGUGGUGGAUCGCAAAGACAAGGUCGGGGGUACCUCAUGGUUGGACCAAGCUAAUUCCACGUCUCGACUGCAGACGGAGGUGGGCGUCUACCACCUGGAGUACCACGAGAACCACGAUUGGCCUGCUUGGGGGAGUGACAAUCCAUGGCCAUCGCGGGACAAACUCCUCGAGCACUUCCAGGAUGUGUCCGAACGAUACGGACUGCUGCCCUAUGUGCGGCUGAACACCUCGGCAAAUUCCCUCAACGUCAUCGGAAAGGAGUAUUGGAGCCAGAGCUAUGAAGUCACCUUGAAGACGAAGGGCAAGGAAGAAGAGGUUUUCAGAGCAGGCUCCGUGUCGCUCUUCCCUGGAAAUCUGACGAAUCCGAAGCGCGUUACGUAUCCUGGAGAGGACACUUUCGAAGGAGACAUAGUGUAUGGCAUCAGCAAUGCUUUCGAUUACGAGAAGGUCCGCGGCAACAACGUUAUGAUCGUCGGCAGCGGUGCCUUCGCGGUUGAGAACGUUCGAACUUGCGUGGAGUUCAGUGCCAAGAAGGUGUACAUGGUCUGCCGCCGGAAGACCAUCUCCAUGCCACGCCUGGUCUCAUGGUUCAUCAACCAGUCCGCGCAAGCCAUCUCCGCGAAGCUCACCCUGGAUGCCAUGACGCCGAUGUAUAACCUGAUCGGCGUGGACCAGUGGUCUUACUAUAGCGUCAUCACCAAUGAGUCGAGGACGAAUGUCACGAUCAAGCAGAAAGCCCGGUUUGGUAUCGGAGAUGUGUAUUUCCUCGCCGCGGCUGCCGGCUACUGCGAGCACAUCGUGGACGACACCAAGAGAGUCAGUGGCAGCACCGUCCACCUGAACAGUGGUCGCAAGCUGGAAGAUGUGGGAGCAAUCCUCAAACUGUGUGGCUUCAAUGGUGAGUUCGCCAACGACCGGCUGCUCAAGAUCAAGGAGCUGUAUGGUUGGUGGGUAAACAAGGAUUACCGUCGGUACAUCGUAGCUGAGCCGAUCUUCGUAGAUGCGGGUAACUUCGGCUCUACCAGCUUCUCCCCCGGCGCUAUCAGCUGGACGGAGACGCAGGCACAUCUGUUGAUGUAUCCCAAAGAUUGGGAGCCUCUCUAUGAAGGCCAAUGCUUCCCAGUGCACGAGGCGGAUGAGGAAAACAACCGCCCGGCCUACGUGGUCGAGGCACUUCACGGGUCCCUGUGUGGCUUGACCUUAAACGCCAUGGUUCGAGGCAUUGCAGAGCGCGGGAUGGUGACAGGCCCACUGAAAAGGCAGCGGCAGCUUGAGAUCCAUCCGCCAGAGAAGUUUCUGGAAUGCUGUAAGCGAGAAUGGAACGAGUGGAAAAAGACGAUCGAAGACCUCGGGUACACAGGUGCUCCAGAGUAUCCCUACACCUUAGACAUGGUGAAGGACCUCAUGCAGCAGGAGAUGACGGAACUCGCAAGACUGCAAGCCAGAAUGGGACAAGCGGGCAGAUGA